UCUCGCAAUCGACCACAGCACACCCCAACCGGUUCCCCCGGCGGACGAGAAGAAUGCGGCGACGGAGUAGGAGACAACUUGUCAGGGAGGCGAGGGGAGAUCGAAAUCAAAUUACUUGACUGUUUCUAGACGAGAAGAUUUAUCCACCUUUGUAUUUUGGUAUAAGGAUAACGUUCCCAUUCACAUGAAUGCUAGAGUAACUAAGCUUGCUUCUAAUACUUCGUUGGAUCAUUCUCUAUGCAUAUAUCGCUUGAGGAUUGAAGAUACUGGACAUUAUUUGUGUAUUGAAACUACCAUAGGUAAUCAAGGGACGUUAUUAGCUGGACAUCAAAUUACGGUCGUAAAGACUGUCACAGAACUACAAUUUCCUGCUUUUAUGGCUUCUGAAUUCCCGCAGUUUGAUUUUCCUGUUUGUAAUGAUACAUGGACUAAAGCCUCUGUCUGGUGUACUUUAGAUUAUGAUAAUGGCACCAUACUAGCUUCUUCUGUCCCCGUUAAUAAUAACAGCCUUGUUUUUUACAAGCAAUGGGAAUUCUGGAAACUUGCCUUAUCCUUUUCUUAUAGACCGGUGAUUACUUGCGUCGCUCCUCCUUAUGCUUUAUUGAUUGGAGAUUUAAUUGUAGAAAACACUAUGAAUCCUAUAGGUUAUAAUAUUACUUGUGUUAAUUGUAUCUUUAGUAGUUGUGUUUUGCCCGUUAAAGGAUCUGCAUCUGUUAUGAUUAUGAAGCAACCUUCUUAUAUAAUGUUACCUGUUAAUUUGUCUGAACCAUGGUAUCAUAACACUGGCACGCAAGCCUGGCUGGAAUUGACUGAAGCGUUAAAACGACCAAAGAGAUUUAUAGGUGUUCUAAUAUGUGCAAUCCUAGCCUUAGCAGCUUUAACUGCUACUGCGGCCACUGCUGGGAUUGCUCUUUCACAAACUAUUCACCAGGCUCAUUAUGUUAAUCAGUUAUCUAAAAAUACUAGUGUAGCAUUAGCCCUACAAAGUCAUAUUGAUACCCAACUAAAAACGGAAGUAGAUGAAUUAAAAAAUGUUCUAAUAGGAAUAGGGGAUCAAGUUAUGGCUUUAAAAUUAAAAAUGCGUUUGAUUUGUCAUGCCAAAUAUACCUGGAUUUGUGUAACUCAACAUUUAUAUAAUGAUUCACAAUGGGAUUGGGAAAAAGUAAAAAUGCAUAUAUUAAGUGUAUGGACUGAUGGACACAUUAGCCUUGAUAUUCAAAAGUUAAAUGCCGAAAUACAAGCUAUUCAAGAGGCCCACCUGGACGAAGAUGGACCCCAGAAUUUGAUUCAAGGAUUAUUAGAUCAACUACAAGGGCUAAACCCGAUACAAUGGAUUCAUGGAGGGCUCUCAGGCCUGAUAUCAAUUGGUGUACUACUUUUAUUGGUGAUCGGUUUAUUACCUUGUGUUGUUAGAUUUGUAAUGGGGCGCUUCACUGUCUUGCAAUUCUGA